AUGCCUCGACAUGCCUUCAGUCUAGCGAUCCGAACCCUCUCUCGGGGUGUAGGAGUCCGCUAUAUCCACCUCCCACCACGUAUCCUCCCAGUCUCCAUCCCACAAUCCAGACGAACAAAGCUAUUACCCAUUACUCCCAUUAUCGUAGUAAAAGGAGGAGGGUAUAUCAACGGAAGGAGAACAUACUGCGACGACCUCUCCGGAAACUCGAGUUUUAGCGGAAACUGGGCGAAUGAUUUUUAUGAUUUUGAUAAUACUACCACUACUUCUGGCAAUUCAACGUCUCAACCACCGAUGUCGGCGCCACCAGCUUCGUUUUGGAGUAAACUGCCGGAUUAUACAAGUACAAUUCAAUCUAAAUCCCAAGAGGCAGAUACAAAAGAAACCACUUCAUCAUCACAACCACCAAAAAGUAGUUUCUCGGAUGAAGACCUAGAAAUCAUCAACCAAACCGCCGCCAUCACCGCCACAAUCACCAGCCCUCCUAGAAAUAAAUUUACAACAAAAGCCCCAGAAGAGCAAGAAGAAACCUCCCAUAUCAUCCAAAAGACCGUCGGAGAAAUAACUAAGCACAUGAAAUUCCCCGAUCCAGACGUCUGGGCGGAUGCACCCGAUUCUAUGGACAAGAAUACUACCACCAGCCGCACCCCGGAAUUUGCAACAGCAGGAUCGGCGGUAUCCACGAUAGCGAGGAAGUCCUAA